AUUAAAAUUCAAGCAAAUUAUGUGAUUUCAUAGUAACAGCAUUUAGAAGUAAACACAUUUUUCCUGUUUUUAAAGAUCACAAUACAGAGUGUCUUAGCAAUCUAAUAAAUAAAAAGCUUGCUCAGCUAAAAGUGAUUCCUAGUGAAUGGUGAAAAACUGUGUAAAUGAAACUCAAUGAAACCGUGAUUUGCCUGUGAAAGAAAAUACCCACCGGCAAAAUGUUGCCCGUACCUCAAGACCGAAUGUCGGGGCGCCGGAGCAGCUCCAUCGUGAGCCGCACGCUGCUCGGCCGCCGCGCGUCCGUGUACGCCACCGGCAACCAUCAGGACCCCGCCAAGCUAAUAACGGAGAUCAACGUGCAGCUGGCGCUGUUCCGGGACCUGCUGAUCCACUUCGGGCAGCCGCCCGACUGCCCGGAGCUGCGCGAGCGCGUGCGCCGCCUGCGCCGCGCCUGCGUCGAGGCCACCAAACAGACCAGCCAGCUUGUGCUGCCCAACUGCAAGAAGUCUACGAGCGAGGGAUGCGCGGAGCAGCCGCAGUUGGUGCUGCUGUACUUCAUGGCGCAGCUGCUGCUGCGGGAGCUCGCCAAGUGCCACCGGCUCGUGCAGCUCGUACCCAUGGACAUGACAUCCUACUACGAAAACCGCGCCGGCCCGUCCAAUUUUGGGAACGUGAUCAGUCAGAUCCUACUGUGCAAGCAAAUCACGCCAGACUUCAACCAGGAGGAGCUCUGCAGCAUCGCCAAAGACACCCAGGAGAUCACCAGGAUAGUCACCGACAUACAGGAGUACCUGCCUCAGCAUGAAAACCUCAACCACUUAGAGACCAACGUCGCGUUGAAAGGAGAAGAAAUGAGCGGCGGACUGUGGCGGAACAAACGGAGAGGCUCACUGUACAAAAGCAUGGGGGUGCUCUGUUGCGUGUCGCGACCGAACUAUCUCUGAGGGUGACGCGUCUCGCCCCCGAGGCGGCUCGACUAACCGACUUCAAUGUCGCUCAAACACAUACAACAAGUGCAAGGUGCCUACCAGUCACAAUAACUCAAGUGUUCAGAAGCAGUGUGAGUGUGUACGGAGUUCCGUAUGCUUAGGAAAACGUUACGAGUGCGUGUGAUGUGUACAGAUUAGACAAUGAAGGGGUCCAUUAUUAUUGUCUAAUUAAUAGACGAGAUAGCGUAGAGGAACAUGAGGUGGAUUAAAUUUCUCAUAAAUUAUGUAAAUCACAAUUCAUAGGUAGAGAUCAUCGCGCACGGUAGAUCAAUUAUAAACGUUUCUGUAUCGUGUAGUCUAAGUAAAGUAAAUAUUAUAAUAUAUAACAGAUAGACGGAUUUAAUUAAUUAAUAUCGUGAAUUGCCUGGAAUGGGAUCAACUGUUGCGUUUAAGUAGAAUAGAUUUAUAAUAUUCAAUGCUUUUUGCACAAAAUCUAUAUUUUACCUGCUAAAUGUCUCAUUUCGAUUAUACAUAGAUAAUUGUAUUCAAAUUGAGAUACAAAACUACGAUUCGCCUCAGUACGGUACUCAUAAUAUAUUAAGACUUAAUUUCAUCGGUUUCAUCCAUGUUUCAUCAAUCUUUGAAGCUAAUCACUAUAUUAGUACCUAGAACUGAUAUGAAAAAUACAUACCGCAGGAGACGACGUCAAUGUCGUUUCCUUAUGUGGUGUCAUGUCCCGCAUGUCGUCGUUGGUUUACAAAAAUGUCCGCCAUAAUUAUUACUGUUUCCAUUAUCUUGUCUUCCAAUAAGCUAGUUUUACUUUUAAAAAUAUUCAGUUAGAUGAAUAUAAAACUUUCUCGCAAUCUCAUUCACAAGUCUCAUUACAUUAAUUGCUUUUUCUUUCACAGAAACUUUGUGAAAAAUGAGCUCUUCAUCAUUUUUAUACAAUUGGCAAACUUACUUAUCAAGUGCUACGGGCCCACUGUCUGGAGUUUCCUAAAGAAAUAAAUAUGGCCUAGUCACAAUUUUAGAUGACACCUUAAGCAUUCUAGUCAAUUAUAUAUUUGAGUAAUGAUAUUAUUUUCACCAUAAUAUAAUACAAUUAUAUUUAUAUAUUAUUAAUAAUAAUACAAAUGACACCUACGAGUAUGUAUAUUAAAUAAUUAUAAAGUAUUUCUGUAAUUAUGUACCUAAGUAUUAGACUUUUAUUGAUAAUAAUUCUGUUAGGAAGAAAUUUGAAGAUUAUAUUAGAUACACAUACUCGUAUUGUAUUGCAAUAAGCAAUACUUAUACGCUAUUCGAUUAUAUUUGAUUAUUUAUUAAAUCGUUGUCAUUUAGACUUCUCUACAUUUUACUAAGUAUAGCCAUAAGUAGAUACCUAAGAGAUAAACUGAUAUCAAAGAUAUUGUGAGCAUAAUAUUAGCUUUAAUAUUAUUUGCGCAUGUAUACUACUUGAGACGUAUCUAAAGUAAAUAGAGAUCACAGGUAUAUUAUAAAAUGUAGAUAUCAAAGUAGCAUUUUGUGCACUAUUUACGCUUAUCCGUUAGAGCAGUUUCAUAUUUUCCGAUACAAGGACUUUACUUUGAUAUAGGGGAUAGAAUAUAUAAAAAAUAUCGACACCGAUCGAUAUCCCCAUCGCAUCACACACACAUGCGUUCAACUUGCCACGAUAUCAGUGUAAACCGACGUAGAUCGUGUGACGGAAUAUCACCCUUAUGCCACUGUAAAAGUCAAUUUGAUAAAACAUUUAAAUUUAAUGCCAUCAUAAAAUAAUGUUCUGCCGUGCAAUACUUAAACAACA